AUUCUUGCCAGAGCUGAGAGCUAAAUUAUUACAAGAAGCAAAAGUCAAUUCAUUCAUAAAACCAAAAGAGCAUUCUAAAGAAAACGAACUUGUGAAAGAUGAAAGAAAAGCAAUUUAUAGCAAUACGUUCCUAAGUACUUCAGUUUUGGGAAAGGAAGUAGAAAAAGAGAAAAAGCCCAAGGAGAUCAAGGUCAGAGUUAUUAAAGUUAAAGGAGGAAAAGGAGAUAUUGCAGAACUGAAAAAGAUGGAGUAUGAAGGUGGACAUGGUCAACAGGAUGCAACUGAAAAUGCUCACACUGUGUGUCAAGAUACAAAACCUAUAAUCAAUGAGCCAUCAAACCCUGUCAAUCCCAGCACUAACUCCAGUGGUAUGAAAGAAGAUCCACAUGCUGGAGGGUGUAUGAUAAUGCCACCCAUCAAUCUAACUAGCACUAAUUUGAUGGCAGCAAGUCUCAAUUCAAAUAUCUCCCACCCCAAUCCAAGGUGA